AUGACGUCCAGAAGACACACCGUGUGGUUCGCAGUAGAAGAAGCAGCGGAGCAGAGCACAGAGUCGCGGGUUGUCGUGUCCUGCCCAGGGGCCACUCUGCUCUGCUCUUGUUGUCGUUCGUCAUAUCAAAUGCCACGAAGACGCGGCUCGUCGUCGUCGUCGUCGGCGGCAGGUGGUAGUGGCGGAGGUGGAGGUAGUGGCGGAGGCUUCGGAUUAGCCAGUCUCCGUCGCGAACUCCACCUGCACAACUUUUUUCGCACCUCUUCGCCGUCGGCCUCGUCGACGUCGCGGACGCCAGCGUUGCCGCCGCGCUCAUCAGCGUCUAUUACUAUUCCUGGCGGUAAUCACAAAUUGACCUCUUCCGCUUCAUCCUAUCAUCCGCCCCGCGAGCUUACCGUGUCGACGUUCAGCGCCGGCUCGGCAACUGCAGCUGAUGGACUUGGAGGUGCCCAUCUGACACCGUCACUAUCAUCAUCGGUACACGCAAGACGAGAAUCAUUCCUCUACCGUGCCAGCGAUGAUCUUCGAGAAGCAUCAUCGUUACGGCCUGUCAGUCGAGCGUCAUCAAUCGCGUCUAAUGAGCACGGCGCAUGUUUGAGGUGUGACCGAUAUGAGCCCCCUGAGGGUGGCGCGAGUAGAAAGACUCCAGAUAGUCGAUUCACACAGAAGCACUUCAGUGGGUGCAUGUCAAACCGCUCAACGUCUUCUGAAUGUUGGCUCACGAUGACUACUACGACGACGACUAUGAAGACGACACACGGAGACGACCUAAUUGUAACCCCGUUUGCUCAACUACUGGCGAGUCUUCGAAACGUUCGAUCCAACCUGAUUUCGAUAUCCAACAUCCAGGUAAGGAAAGAAGCAGAUCAAACAUCCAAGAAACGAAAAAAAAGAAAAAUGAGAAACAGGAAGACAAUUUCUAUAGGUAUAGGAAUACUUCCCGUUUCUCCUCUGCGGUUAUUUCUCACCAAUCCAUCUCAUUUUUCCUGUGCUCUGCUCCAUCCUGGAAUAACAAGACCCCCUACUUGUUCCACAAACAGCGACGACAGUCGACACGCGAAUCGAAGUGCGAAAAGGCCGCCAUUGCACAAUACUCCACUUCCAGACGAUGUGGUGCAAUGUGCGCAUGAUACACUUGAAGAACUCGAUUGGUGUCUCGACCAGCUGGAGACGAUUCAAACGCAUCGAUCAGUGUCUGAAAUGGCGAGCAGUAAGUUCCGAAAGAUGCUCAACAAGGAGUUGUCGCAUUUUGCCGAAUCGUCCAAAUCCGGAACACAAGUCUCCAAGUUUUUGAUCACUACCUACAUGGACAAGGAAGAGGAUGAACCGUCAAUCGAGAUCGAAGUGCCCACUGAGGUACAAGGCCCCUCAACAUCCGGCCCCAUGACACUCUCCAUUUUGAAGAAAGCGCAAACGGCGGCGAUGAACAAAAUCUCCGGAGUUCGAAAGCUCCGAGCUCCAUCCCACGACGGUCAUGUACCAGAAUACGGAGUGAACUGCGCACGGGAGAUUGCUGUUCACAUGCAACGACUCAACGAUUGGGGUCCUGACGUCUUCAAAAUUGACGAGCACUCGAAGAAUCACUCACUCACAGUUAUCACUUAUUCAUUAUUCAAACAGCAUGUAUUCUCUGAUCUAGAAGUGUUAGCUGCAAUCUUUGCCGGAGCCAUUCACGACGUCGACCACCCAGGAUUCACGAAUCAGUACUUGAUCAAUUCCAACAACGAAUUAGCGAUCAUGUACAAUGAUGAAAGUGUUCUGGAGCAGCAUCAUCUGGCUGUUGCAUUCAAACUUUUGCAAGAUGGAAACUGUGAUUUCCUUGGAAACUUGUCCAGAAAACAACGGCUGCAAUUCCGAAAAAUUGUCAUUGAUAUGGUUUUGGCCACUGACAUGUCCAAACACAUGUCUCUUCUUGCUGAUUUGAAAACAAUGGUCGAGGCGAAGAAAGUGGCCGGAAACAAUAUCAUCGUGCUGGACAAGUACAACGACAAAAUUCAGGUUCUCCAAUCGAUGAUUCACCUGGCUGACCUCUCAAAUCCAACUAAGCCAAUCGAAUUGUAUCAGCAAUGGAAUCAGAGGAUAAUGGAAGAAUAUUGGAGGCAGGGAGACAAGGAAAAAGAACUCGGGCUCGAGAUUUCGCCAAUGUGCGAUCGAGGAAAUGUGACGAUUGAAAAAUCUCAGGUUGGUUUCAUCGACUACAUCGUUCAUCCACUCUACGAAACAUGGGCGGACCUUGUGUAUCCGGAUGCUCAAAACAUCUUGGAUCAACUGGAAGAAAAUCGAGAAUGGUACCAGUCACGGAUACCCGAAGAACCGGAAACAGCACGCACGGUUACAGAAGACGAUGAGCACAAAUAG